AUGUCAUUAGUUGCCAGCACCGGAGAAGAGGAAGAUGGAGCGAAAAUUGUUACGGUUGAAACAAAGCAGAACACUCAGACGAACGAGGUUAUAUCCAGUGGCAACGUUGAGACUUGCGAGGUGAGAUGCGCGCUCUCUGAAAAUCUACGCCAGAUGAUCACUGGCUCAUGUGCUAAGAUGACGUCUCAAUCUUACUUGUGCGUUUCAACCACAAAAACCACAGUCGGUUCAGGCCAGGAGGGAGACUACGAGGACAACAGCGAUGAUGAAGACUUGCAAAAUUUCUCCUUGUGCGUACCCGCUGAGAGUUCCUCGACUCAUCGUCACCAGAUCACUCAGGAAGAAGCAGGCUUGGAACCGAUUUCUCAUCCUGCAAUACAAGAAGACUUGUUGCAUGGUGUUGAGCCGUCUCCAGACAGUGACAGAGCCACCCUUGAACAGGAUAUAAUGAAGUUCAUCCAACUAUGGGAAGAAGAAAGAGAAGUCAAUCAGCAAUUGAUUGAAAAUCUUGACAGGAGCAAUGAACGAAUUCGCGACCUCGGGGAUGAGCUGGGCUUCGUAUCUAUGGAUCUCCACAAGUUGUUGAAGGAGAACAGAAGUCUCAAGGAAGAGAAUGAAGAUCUGGCAAUGGAAAACCAGGCUCUUAUCAGUGCUAUACAAAACAUUAAAAUAUAAAUCAAGGCUCGAAUUGCAACCUAGUAUAACGUGACCCAUGCAUUGUAUUCAUUAACCAUGUUUUGCUAAACUUGAGGUUAUAUUUCUAUCAAAGCUUUUGUCAAACUGUGAAUGCUGCAAAUAAUAGUGAUUAUGCAGUAAUGCCCCACGUUACGACCACCCGGGUCACCUAAAUUCGCAUGCAUAAUUUGUAAACUAUGACCACCUUAUUCGCAAUACGUAAUGAAAUUUCGCUGUCGCAUACUUUAAAAAAAGAAUAAGAGCGUUUUCUACUGGGAGACGCAUGCGUGCACAUAGAUGCAAGCGUGUAUGUGGACGUGUGCCUACCUACACACACGCGCAUGCGUGCACGCACAUGCGAUCGUGCACACAUGCAUACGCAUGCACCAUUAUAUUCCUAUUCCAUUAUAUUCCUUCCCUUUCCUCCUUCCUCCCUAGAUUAAUUCUAAUGUUGCCAUUAUAAUCCUUCAAAUUUUUCGAAACCACUUUUAAAUAGCCUUUCACACAAUGUACCUCCCCCCCCCCCCCGUCGCGACCUCGGUCCCUAUGUCGAACAAAAAUGCUGAUGGCACCCUUGCUAGCUGAUAAUAGUGCCCCUCCCUCUUCCUCCUAUUAACUGCAAAUGUGAGCGCUCCCUUUCCCUCCCAGUAUUGUCAUGAUACUGUGUUACAUCAUUAAUUAAAUUAAUCAAUGUGUGCGUUUAUAAAGGUUUACUUCCAUUCAUACUUGUCGUAUCUUUCUAGUUUGAAAAUUUUCCGUAGAAACACAUCUACAGGUAAUGGCAGCUACCAUAUACGUAUAAAGAAAGCUAGUCAAAAGGGAAACAUUAUUCACGCUACGAAUUAUCGUGAUACAACGGUUUCCCUGGGACGUAUCAUUUCCAUAACGCGGGGUACCACUGCAUAUGAUUAUGGUUUAAUAUAGCAGGAUAGGAUUAAAAACGCAUAGAAGCUCUUACUGGUGAGCAGUUGGAUCCUGCCUUUGGCUAAGACAACAUGAAUGCGCCAUGUCUUUCUGCGUAGUAUUUAUUUACUGCAUAAUAUCAUUUUCGUAUGCGUAUUUGCCAGCCAGUUAAAAAACAGCAACAGUUAUGCUUAUAAUUAAUCAGGUGUUUACCGUGUGGCGCUUGUCAGAGCCGUAGCUGCUGACUCAUUUUGCCUUAUUGGGAUGGGGUAAAGACAUACGUGGUACAUGUUCUGGGCAGUUGACCGUAAACACUUCGUGUUUGCAUGCUAAUGACCAUGUAAUAUUUUCUCCGUUGAUCUGUUAGGUGGCAACUGCCCUUUUGUCCCUGCUAGCUUCAGCCUUGCUAGUACCUGCUAGCUGCAGCCUUGCUAGUACCUGCUAGCUGCAGCACACAAUAUAGCACUUAAUUUUCAUUGGAUAGUGAUAGCUAGUGUUAACAAUAGACAGGUGUACGUUUUGCCCUUUGAGGCAUUUUGCCCAAUGGUCAUACAUACAUGACACUGCUCUUAUUUUUUAUUAAGAUUUUUCUAAUCGCGAUAAAUUAGUUUGUUUUUUGGCCUUUUUAUGGGUGGGUUUUAUAUGUAAUGAUGUUUUGAUCAAUAGCUAUUAACGACGUGCUAAGGUGUGGCUUUUGUAUGCAAUACACUCGGUAUACUAUAGUUGUAUUUAAAAGUUUUAUAAGGUUUGGGAGUAAUCUUGUGAGUAACACCUAACUGAUGGGAAGUUGAUAAUAUUAGUGAAAAAUUUAUCACUGGACUUACCGUCAUUGUUGUUGUAUAUAUAGUGUAUACAUUGUAUCAAAUAGUAUCAUAUAGUGAGAGAGAGAUGAUAAACAAGGAAAACUCCUACUCUAGAUGGUUAUAAUUUAUGUCUGAUUACUAUUUCUUUUUUUAUAAAGAGAUUUGUAAUCUUAUAUAAUCUUCACGAAUGUGACUCACAUGAUAUAUAAUUCUAACUUGUGAUUGUUGCAACGUCAACGUAAUUCGUUACAUGAAAUGUGGAAAUUACAAAAUGAAAAUGAUACUUCUAAAGAUAUAUGCUAUUAUAAUGAUGGGUUAUAAUUAGUUAUAUAAUAUAAACCAAUUAGAUGUAGGCCGCAUAUACUGGCCAUUUAUUUUUAGUUAUUUUUUUAUUUUCUAAAAUUAAUUCUGCAAUCCUGUUCACAUUGAUUCCUGCGGUAACCAUUUUUCAGAAUAACUCUAGAAGGAAAUGGCUUAGGCUAUUUAUAUUUAGCGUGUAGUAUAACUGUUCGGAGAUCAGGAAAUGUUCAGGAUGGACAUGGUAAAAACUUUUCCAGUUAUAAACUAUUUUCUGGCACAUUUUUCUGCAUGGAUUAUUCUUUUUAUAUGUGUCUGUAGUUAGGUAUGUGUAGUGAUGUUUGUCACCCUAAAAUAGUGGGUUCGGUGGAGAAUGCUUUUUUUCUCGAGAAAGCUUUUUAUGCGGUCUCAAACUCUCAACGCAUACCACCAUGUUUAGCUAAAGAGUGGAAUUUCCGUAUUCAACUUGCAAGUGACAACUCAAUUUAUGAGGAACAACACAAAUUCGCGUUUCAUGCAUGUCUGCUUUUCAUUAUUUAUGUAACGUGAGUUUCUUUCCAUUGGAUCACAAUGUUCAAAUUAGGUAGAACCAUAGAUAUGUAGGCCUACAAACACAUGUGUUUUUAUAUAUUUAUAGUAAUACUAACGUAAUUAAAAUAAGCAAUAAGAACUUAAUAAAAUAAUGUUAAUUUAAUAGUAUUUCGUGAGAGAUCAAGUACUGGGUUGCAUGUGAAUUUUUCCUUUACGUCUUUUUUCAUAUAGUUGAAUAGUGAUAUUCUCAAGUGACAAUAUAAUCAAAUGCGUUAUAUGUAUUACAAAAUCUCUGAAAAUUAGGAGAAAUUUUGCUUGAAAUCUAUCUUAAUAAAGUAAUGAGUUGAUGCUCGUUAUUGUAUAAAAAAUGAACAUAUAUGUUGGAAAAUAAUAAACAUUGUUUUUAAAACAUCAACAUGUCGUACACCA